AUGGCAACGAAGCUGCUUGCUGCUGCUGUCACUGUGCUAGCUUUGCUCGGCAAUGGCAUGUGCCAGCAAGGCCCCAGCCCCAGCCCGAGCCCGAGCCCGAGCGGCGGCGCGGCCGGGCUCGCCGUCGGCUUCUACGACAGCGCGUGCCCCAACGCCGAGGCGAUCGUGAGGGGCGUCGUGAAGAAGGCGGUGGAGCAGGACCCCGGUGUCGGAGCGGGGCUCAUCCGCUUGCUCUUCCAUGAUUGCUUCGUCCAGGGUUGUGAUGGCUCCGUCCUCCUCGACGCGACGGUGGCGAACCCGCAGCCGGAGAAGCUGGCGCCGCCGAACCUGACGCUGCGGGGGUUCGAGGUGAUCGACCAGGCCAAGGCGGCGCUGGAGGCGGCGUGCCCGGGCGACGUCUCCUGCGCCGACGUCGUCGCCUUCGCCGGCCGCGACGCCACCGUCCUGCUCAGCGCCACCAAGGCCGAGUUCGCCAUGCCGGCGGGGCGGCUCGACGGCCGCGUGUCGCUCGCCAGCGAGGCGCUCGACUUCCUCCCGCCGCCGACCUCCAACCUCUCCGACCUCACCGCCAGCUUCGCCGCCAAGGGGCUCGGCGUCGGCGACCUCGUCGUGCUCUCCGGCGCGCACACCGUGGGCAGGUCCCACUGCUCCUCCUUCUCCGACCGCCUCAACUCCUCCAACUCCGACAUCAACCCUGCGCUCGCCGCCUCCCUGCGGCGGCAGUGCAGCGCGAACGCGAGCAGCGCCGCCGGCGGCGACCCCACCGUGAUGCAGGACGCCGUGACGCCCGACGUGCUGGACAGCCAGUACUACACCAACGUGCUCAACGGCAGCGCGCUCUUCACGUCGGACGCGGCGCUCCUGACGUCGCUGGAGACGAAGGUGGCGGUGCUGGCGAACGCGAUCAUCCCGGGCCUGUGGGAGGGGAGGUUCAGGACGGCGAUGGUGAAGAUGGCCGCCGUCGAGGUCAAGUCGGUCGCCGACGGCGAGGUCAGGAAGAACUGCAGAGUCAUCAACUGAGACAGAUGAAUAUAUCUACGUGUGACGUUGACAAUAAAGUAGAUAUUUAAAUUUAAUACAGGACUGAAAAAAUCCAUUCAAUUACGAACUGAAUUUGAACUGAAUGUAUAGAAGAUAGCAUCGGUGCAUCGCUUG